UGGGCAUUGAAGCAAUAUCAAGGAAUCCAAGCGAUCCAAGUAAUCGACUGCAUAACCAAAUAACCAACCAAUCAAUCAAUUCAUCAACAGAAUGACCUACACAAUCCACCCCCUCACGCUAGAAGACAUUCCCGAAAUCUUCGCUAUGGCCCAAAAAUCCUUCUUCAAAGCCAACCGCCAUCUCUACAACCCCUACCCCUGCCCCCCCUCCUCCUACGCACAGCUCCUCCAAGGCCAAUUGGACCUCUUCAGCGCCCGUCACCCAAACACGGCCCUCAAAGCCGUCGACGACGCAACAGGCCACAUCGUAGGCGCAGCCGGCUGGGGCGUGCACGCUGAAGACGAGCCCGUCACGCAGACGCUCGAGGAGACGGUCGAGGCGCGCAUGCAGCCUCGUGUUCCGGAGCUCUGCGAGGAUGUCUUUCGGGGGGUGUAUACUGCUAUGAAUGAGGGGCGCCGCGAGGUUAUUGGCAUUGAGGAGGAGGGGAAGGUGGUCAGGUUCAAGAAGAGGGUUGAGCUGCAGUUUUUGUAUACCCAUCCGGAGUAUCAGCGACGGGGCAUUGGGAGUGCGCUGUUGAAGAGGUUUCUGGAGGAGACGGGGGACAUGGGGCUUGUGUUUUAUUUGCAGGCUACUGAUGAUGGGAGGCCGCUCUAUGAGAAGAUUGGGUUUGAGGUUGUUUUGAAGCGCACUUAUCUUUUUGAGGAUGGGGACGGGGAUGCGGAGCCGUAUAAUAUUUCGUUCAUGGUGAAAUCACCCAUGAUGAAGACUUUGUGUAUCUCAAGUGAGGGUCUGCAUUCUCCAGAGACGACGAUUGCUUGAUGGAGAGACUGGUUAGUAUAUGUGGGGAUAUCAAUUAGGUCAAGCCCUUCGAAAGCGCUGGACAGCGUUUGGUGCGUGCUUAAAAGUACAUAUGUGGUUGAUUUAGGGCAUUUGGGCUUGGAAUAUAAUGUUAUUGUAUGUUCUCCUAAGAGGCUGUUUCCAGAUCGCAAGGAGAUUGCUCGACAUGCAAGAUAGGAGACUAUGGAAAACUUAUAUC